GGGUACAUUUUCAGCCUGAAGAUCAGAAGUUGCAGCUUCCUGCUUCAAGUUUGGCAGAUGUGGGACGCUUUCAGAUACAAAGUCUCACCCGUACACGGUACUGCCCCCUCGGCUACUACUACUACUUGUAUAACACAGCUCAUCAUCACCAUCUCGAGGUAUGUCCUCCAUCACAUGCCAUACCGGCCAAACAUCCCGUGCGGCCAAGCAUUCGAAAGCCGGCCACGACGCUCCGAGUUGAGACGGAAGUGAGAGCCCGUCUGUCUUUCCAACGCCACGGGCUUGGCAAAAGCUUAUGUUGUUUAGUGUGGUUGAAGGACCAUGCAAAAAA